AUGUUGUCGAUAAGUCUACUGGGAGCCUAUAUGGCAGUGGCAAUGCCAAUUGCUAUCCUCAUCAACGUGGCCUAUCAAUUGAUCUUUCAUCGAUGGAACAAAACCCAACCACCUUUGGUAUUUCAUUGGAUCCUCUUCCUGGGAAGUACCAUCAGUUAUGGCAUUGACCCGUACAAGUUCUUCUUUGACUGCCAGGAGAAGUAUGGCGACCUCUUCACCUUCAUCCUUCUCGGGCAGAGAACUACCGUCUACCUGGGAGUCCAAGGCAACGAGUUCAUCCUCAACGGCAAGCUUAAAGACGUCAACGCAGAGGAAGUCUACAGCCCUCUGACAACGCCGGUCUUUGGCUCGGACGUUGUAUAUGACUGUCCUAACGCCAAGUUAAUGGAACAGAAGAAGUUCAUCAAGUUCGGUCUCACACAGUCAGCGCUGGAGUCUCAUAUCCCCCUCAUCGAGAAGGAAGUCCUCGAGUACCUUGACACUUCGCCAUAUUUUCAAGGUUUUUCCGGCCGGGUGAACAUCUCUGCUGCUAUGGCUGAGAUCACGAUUUUCACGGCUGCGCGUGCUCUGCAAGGCGAGGAAGUUCGAUCCAAACUCACGGCAGAAUUUGCGGAUCUCUAUCACGAUUUGGAUAAAGGGUUUAGCCCUAUAAACUUCAUGUUGCCCUGGGCGCCAUUGCCUCACAAUAACAAACGGGACGCUGCUCAUGCGCGUAUGAGGGCUAUCUACACUGAUAUCAUCAAUGAUCGCCGUCACGGUGAGAAAGGACACAAUAUUACCCAAACGUCUGACAUGAUCUCGAACCUGAUGAACUGCACGUACAAAACCGGACAGCCCAUUCCUGACAAAGAGAUUGCCCAUAUUAUGAUCACCUUGCUGAUGGCCGGCCAGCAUUCAUCCUCAUCCAUCGGUUCAUGGAUCAUGCUGCGACUAGCCGCUCAUCCAGAAGUCAUUGAGGAGCUCUACCAGGAACAGCUGGCGAACCUUAACCGCGAUGGGCAAAAACUCCCUCCUCUCCGGUACCAGGACCUCGGCCGUCUUCCUCUGCAUCAAAAUGUCAUUCGUGAAACACUCCGUCUCCACUCAUCCAUCCAUUCCUUGAUGCGCAAAGUGAAGAACCCCCUUCACGUCGCAGGGACGCCCUACAUCAUCCCAACCAGCCACGUCCUCCUCGCUUCCCCCGGGGUAACCGCUCUCAGCGACUACUACUUCCCCAACGCGAACAAGUGGGAUCCUCACCGUUGGGACAAGGGCAACCAGAGAGACGACAAUGAUGAUGUGAAUGGAGAGGUAGUCGACUACGGCUAUGGCGCCGUUUCCAAGGGUACAUCUAGCCCUUACCUCCCAUUCGGAGCGGGCCGUCACCGGUGCAUUGGAGAGAAAUUUGCAUAUGUCAACCUUGGAGUCAUCAUGGCAACGAUAGUGCGGCAUGUUCGGUUCUUCAAUGUGGAUGGGAAGAAGGGUGUACCGGGGACGGAUUACUCCUCGUUGUUUUCGGGACCUGUGAAGCCGGCGGUUAUUGGUUGGGAGAGGCGUGAUGAUCAGCCUAAGAUAUGA